AUGGUCGGAGAAAAAAGGACGAACGACAUGGUAACAGGCAACCAACAACGCAAGCGUCGGUCUUCGGGACCUGUAAUCAAUAUAUCUGCGACCGUCAACCAGAAUAUCGUAGUACAGCAGGGACUAACUCAACCGAGUACAACCAGGAGCGGUCGACCUAUUGAGAAGAAAGUCGAGCAUAUUGACCUUACCUUUGUCGAUGAUGCAGAACUUUCGUCUGAUACAGAACCUGGUUCGAUCGAUGAGCCAUUGGAGAUGGGGCGGUUUGAUGACGAUGACUAUCUUGAUGAUGACCAGCUUCAGCAUUUAUUGGAGAGGUGGGACACUGACACCAACAAAGCAGGCCCAGCUGGCGAGCAUCCCGCGACUGUUGUCCUCAAAGAUUACAAUGGGCUCGUACCUGGGAUGGCGGUCGAGUUGACUGGUGAUCAUCUUAUGAGGAUCGUGCAAAUCAUCCGUUUAGUGAACGGCAACAUAUACCUUCGAGGUUUGUACUUCAAAAGGCUGACAGACAUGGAGAGUCCUUUCCCUCAAAAAGAGAUGGAACUAUGCUGGUUGGUGGAGAAGGACGCCGAAGGAAAGCUGCACCUCGAAAAAGAGGUUCCUGUUUCUGCUGUUUUGGAUAUUGUCAACAUCGUGCUUACGAAUCAUCCAUGGCGAUUCCAUUUUAGACAACCAUACAUCUCAUAUGUAUGUCGACUGGUUUGGCAGAAGACUGCAGAGAAAGGAGAAUGGAUUAUUCGAUACCUUUCGUUUGAAGAAGCCGAUCAUCAAGCUAGAACUCCUGCCGGCGUCAUACGCCAGAAAUGGAGGGGAAAGACAAUCCCCUACGGUGCCGAAGCAGUCGACAUAAAUCAGCUUUUCAAAGACCAACGUGAAAAGGCGGAAAAGUCGUUGAAGAUGCAAAGACAAUAUUCUUUUGGGGAUGCUUUUUGUGGUGCUGGAGGAGUGUCUGUCGGCGCUUGGAGCGCUGGGCUAAGAGUCAAGUAUGGCAUUGACAUGGACACAGCUGCGUGCGCAUUGCCUUACGUUACUAUCAAAGAUGCCAUUGACAACAUACCCCGUCUUGCUGAUAAUCAUGAUCCCGACAACAUUGGAUUUCAAGAUGGCAAAACCCGUGCUCCCUACGACGAGAACACACUCGCCAAAACGAUAACGUGCGGUGGCGGAGAGGGAAACUACCAUCCCAGUGGUCUCAGACCAUUUACCGUACGUGAACUCGCUUGUUUGCAGACUUUUCCGGUGCAAUAUAAGUUUCCCACGGCUUACGCAAAGAAGCAAGUCGGUAACUCUGUUCCACCUCGUCUUGCAGAGAUCAUUUAUCGAGCUGCUAUCAAGUCACUUCAGGAGACGGAUGAAAAGGAGUACAUGGAGUACAAGGAGGCGAUUGUCAUUCAUUGA